GCCAUCUGUGUGAGCAGCGGCACGUCAGUCAUGUCGCUCAAUCUCUCAAGGUACCGCCCGAGGGACGACGGCAUCUGAACGCCCCUUAUCAACGUCAGCCCCCGUAACCGCGAGAAGAAGAAGAUGUCAUCGUAACUCAGGCCGUGACCCGACACGUGCUGCUCCGACGCAAUCAGCCCCUCAACCCCUCUCAGCGCCUCGUUCAGCUUCCUCACUGAUUGUCGCUGUCAGCAAAAUAGUACUCGUAGGUCAGGUCCCGGUGCUCCUUGGGCAGGCUCGCCCAGUCGGCCUUGGACAAAGUCUCGCCGCUCUCAGGAUCCUGCACACACGGUCAUGGCCAUCCAUUGGUAUGAGAGGGGUGCGGUGCAUCAGAUCAUCAGGCCUGCUUACGGGCAGCGGGUGUGUCGUCACGAACCUCUCCCGGGCGCUCUGAGAUCGGAACUCAGGCAGCACUGCCGACCUAAUGUAGCGAGGCCGUCCGAGGUUGCGCAUUGGCGAUGAGAUGCUCUUGAUCCAUGAGUCGAUGUCGGAUCUAUCGGUUGCCGGCUUGAGCACCGGAGGCCCGUACCUACCGUCGUUCUCGACUCGCGCAAUGAUGUCAAGAGACUCAGCCUGCACACACGCGGUGCGGUCAUUCCAUCCAGCAGCACCCCAGCCAGACACAUGGCAUCCACCCCCUCCGUCCGUACCAUUGCAGGCUCAUUUGGGAACUGGACGAUGGGCGUAAUCUUCUUACCCACCAGCUCCAUCGCUGACGACCAAAUCAAUCAUCGAUGAGUUCAGCGAUUUGACUCAACAAAACACAUACACCCCUGACAGCAGAGACUCAGCGAGGAAGCCUCGUCGUCGCUCCCCUUACGUGUUUCUGCAUCAUCCUCCGCCACCCAAAUCAUCCUGUAAGGCACCUUCUUGAGGCCGAGAGCCAUGCGGCAGCGCAGCGUAUAGUGGCUAUGCUCGUACCCGAAUCUGCAGCAAAACAAAAGCACGGGAUCUAACAGCCAGCCAUCAGUCGAGGCGUUCGUUCUACGGUAGUACUUCUACCUACAGGCGUGGCGCGCCAGGCGGCAUGUUCUCGAGGCCUGGCGUGAAGGCGAGAGCGAGAGCGAGGGAGGGGAGAACCAUGACAAACACGAAGGCGUCCAUCAUAUAUAUGGGGAAGGUGGAUC